AUUGGGAGCCAAUGAAGUGACUUCAGUGCUGCGCAAAUAUGUUUAAUGUCCUAUGUUUGUUUAAGGAGACUGCUUUAAGGAAGCUGCACUAUUUCUUCUUCUUGAGGAAAGGCACCACUCCCUACCUGUUGGUUAACAACAAGCAGAAAAGCCUGUUUGGCACAGUAACUAAAUCAAGAAAGAAAAGGAGGAAGAAGCACUAUGAUAUUCACUUCAGCUAAUGACACAGAACCUGAAGUCUCUUAAUGUUCGAACAAUGAUUAAUAUAACACUAAGAAAACGCUACUUCCAGAUGAAGAGAGUCAACCUUUCGGACAACAUUGAGAAAUCAUGAAGUUAUUUUUGUUGAUUGCCUUUUGCCACGGUUUAUUUGCAGUGAAACAUUCACUGAAGAAUUUGGUCACCGGAUCCUAUGGCAUUCCAAUCAUCCCGGAUUUUGUGGGUGUGUUGUUAGUUGAUGACAUUCAGACAGGUUACUGUGACAGCAGUCAGAAAACGUUCAAAAUACAACACGACUGGGCAGAGAAAAUAUUAGAAAACGACCCACAGCAGAAGGGCUACUACAAUAGAAAGUGUUUUGAAGAAGAACCAAACAAGUUCAGACAGCUGAUUUCUAGUUUAAAGGGGGAAAGUGAAGGUGUCCACAUUUUACAGAGGAUAGAUGGCUGUGAAUUGGAUAAAAAUACUGGAGAAGUGGCUGGUGUGUUACAGUAUGGUCAUAAUGGAGAAGACUUUCUUAGAUUUGAUCUAAAAACUCUGAAAUGGAUCGCACAGAAACCAGAAGCUGAAAGUAUCAAACAAACAUGGAACGCUGAUGUAGCUAAAAAUAAUUAUUAUAAAAGUUCGCUCACUGGGAUUUGUCCUCAGUGGCUGAAGAAGUACUUGGACGCUGGGAACAGCAGCCUGCAGAGAAGAGAUCUUCCUUCAGUCUCUCUCCUCCAGAAGACUCCCUCCUCUCCAGUCAGCUGCCACGCUACAGGUUUCUAUCCUGACAGAGCUGUGAUGUUCUGGAGGAAAGAUGGAGAGAAGGUUCAUGAAGGUGUGGAUCCUGGAGAGAUUCUCCCCAACAAUGAUGAGACCUUCCAGAUGAGUGUUGAUCUGAAUGUUUCAUCACCUGAAGACUGGAGAAGAUACGAGUGUGUGUUUCAGCUCUCUGGUGGUGAUGAACACAUUGUCACCAAACUGGAUAAAACAUUAAUCAGAAGAAACUGGAAGGAAAAAAAUGACAAAAAGACGAACAUUUUUGCCGUGGUUGUUCCUGUUCUUCUCAUCCUCUGUGCUGUUGGAGUUGUUGUUUAUAGAAAGAGGAGAGGUGUCAUCUAGUAGAUCUUCUUUAGAGAAGGUCUCAGAAGAACAGAAAAAAGGAGCUCGUGUGUGAAACGUCUGUUUGAAGAUGGGCUUCUGAUGUCCUGAUGAACUCCAACGUCCAGUUGCACAUCCAUGAGUCAAAUCAUACGGUAGUCAGUCAGACACUCAGCUGUAGUUCCUUAGCUGUUCUGUUCCUGGCUCCCAAACUUAGCGACAGGUCACAUCUAACCUAACCUGCUCCAGAACAGGUUAGGUUAGUUUAGAAGGCUCCGUUUGAGAAUGACUGGAACAGACAGCUCCUCCUUUUCAUCCAUUUAUUGUUUAUAUAUUUAUUUAAGAUGAUCAAACUUUCUACCCUUCAGUGUUGUGUGUGUCAUUAAGAAAAUUUUAUCUUGUCACAGUGUCAUGUUGUGAAUUUAAAUAUAAAACCUGUAAUGAGCACAAGACUAAAAGUGAAACUAGAUGUAAAAAAAAAACAAAAACAUUUUAUUUAAAUCAGUGUGAAAUGUUUUCACUGCACAGUCUUCGUAAUGUCACCCAGAGUUGGCUGUAGAUUAUACACCAAAUAUUUACAGUGUUUCAGGAAAUCAAAAAAGAUUAGUGGUACCAAUAAAAUUCAAUUGUCAAAAGAAUUGUAGACAUAGAUAGUAUGGGGUUUAGUGCUGCUCGAGCACUAUGGAGUGACAUCAUAUCACUUUUUUUUUCCAAGUGAGGAGGUAAAAUAUUGACAUUUGGCUUAAUCGGGAAAACUUUAAUUGUCACUUUAAGCAUAUUACAUGGAAGAAAACCAAAACACAAAAUGAAUGGUCAAAGCUGUCAUCAUUAAAUCUGAAGCCAGAUUUAUCAACUGUCAGCACCAGUUCAGACUUAUAGCAUCAAGAAGCUGCUGUUGGGGUUUUUAAAUAUGCACUGUGUAUUCUGUGGCAGAAAGUGGCAGGGGAAAUAAAACAAUGCAAACACCUCUCAACCUGAGAACAUGGAAGAAUCUCUGGAUACAGAGACUGCAUAGAGAAAAACAGCACCCUAAAAUAGCUUCUAAACAACUUCUAUAAUGAAGUUUUUAUGCAGUGUAGGUGUUUAAAGUUGGGCUUUAAAGUUCACAAAAACACAACCUACUUUUAAUGCUUUCAAUUUAAGACUAUUUCCAAACUUCACUUCAGUUUACAUUGUUUACAUUGUGUGCUUCUGAUUAACAAAUGCAGCUAAAUGAGUUACCUCUUAUGGGAAAACUGAAGUCUUUGGCAUGUCUCAGAUAUAAUUAAACUAUACUAAAAAUAUGAUUUACUACCAUAAACAUGAAGCGCACUUUCAAAAACCUUUUCAGUAAAGUUAUAAUUAUUAUGUAAAUGACAACAAUAAAUUAACACUGUCUUUCAAUACUAUAAUAUUAAUGUAAACUGAUUAUUACUUAAUUUAAUUUUUAAGAAAUUCUACCAAGGAGUUUUUAUUUUAAAUAAGCUUUUUGUGUCUUAUUGUGUCUGUAAACACAAUAGUUUAAAAAGCAUGAAAAGUGGCAAAAACCCUUAUAAUUUAAAAUAUUCUCACAAGUGUCAUCUUUAUUGUCAGCACACAGAAAUUAAAAUAUAUUUAAAAUAGUGUAAGCAUAUACAUAUAUACCCAGCUACUUUAGGGUGUUUUAAAAGUCAUAUUAAUGACAGAGAGCUAUAUAAAACAAACUGUUAUUUUUGGCUAUUUUUACUGUCUUUGUUUGUAUUGACAACAUAUAGACACAUUGUGAAUGAUAUAUGGUGGCUCUAAAUAGCUUGCUACUUUGGAUCUCUGACCUCUUCUUCGAGGACAAAUAACAUCAAACUUUCAUAAAAUGUCUUUUAUCUUUAAAAUUGUGCUUAAAAUUCUGCUGCCUUAGUUUGUUUUGGCAACUGCAUACAAAUAUAUUAAUUGCAUUGUGUUAGUAUGUUGAUUUACACUAUAUGCAGUUCAAAAACACAACAUUUAUUUAGAGGUUCUUUUCUUUGAUUGCACAGCGUCAUCGUACCACUGUAAUUUUUAAUUAGCCAUUGGUUAAACUGACACUAGUGGAACCAGAUAUGGUUUCAAUCACCAAUAACAUUCCAUUGACAUGCAUAACAGAUACAACAGAAAUACGGAGCCUGGGCUGCCACACACUCUGUAAGCUUUGCUUGUGAAAUAAAUAAAUGUAUUGCUCUUUAUAUUUGCACUAAUUUCUCACUUUUCAAUAAAGUUACUUUAACACUU